AUGCUAAGCAAAGCCAAGAAAGGUUCUCACAUUCGCACAAGAGAUAAUAUGGGGUUUGAAAUGAAAAGGCUUAGGUUUAAGUGCCCCCCAAAGAACUGGGAGGCUAGGUCGUGGUCUGGAGAUGGGAGACGGCCAUCAGGAGCACUCCACUGCAACUGGGUUCCUCUUGCGGCUCACUCGAUCGAGCUUGUGGCUCCUCUUCCUCCUCUUCUUCAUCGUUGA